CGGACGUCUCCCUCGGAACUGUUCGCCCCUCAAAAGUUGUCACUUCGAUUGGGUCUCGGACUUCGAUUCGGUUUCGGGGAGAGGUUCCUCUUUGGCCAAAACAAAUUGACAAAAAAGGAGUAACCGAAGCCAGUUCGGAGGGGAGCUGCUCCCUUCCCAACUUCGAGGAGUGAAAGUUUCUUUGCCGUUCAGUUACAGUGUGUUUUGUGUUGCCCGGAAGAAAUCACGUAAUCCACGGAAAUGUGUCGCGGUCGUAUACAAAAAUGGAGCGUCUAAUGCAUAUGUGAAAUGAUCAACCGAAGGCCCAUUUGUCAGCAUCCCCGAAGCGCGUUGCGCAAAGUGUAAAAAUAAACAAGCAACCGGCAGCUAACAAGCAAACAACAGCAAUAACAAUUUGUCAAGUGCACACAACCAACCACACGGCCAAACGAAAAGCAGGUGAAAAUCCCAAUAAACGCUUCGUCGGAGCGGCCAAAAACGCGCUCCUCUUCCCAAAAACGCCCCGCAGCAGCGAACAAAGGAUUAUCGCGAUGGCAAGGACCACGCAACUGGAGCUGGCCACGGUGGAGCCUGCGAAAUGAAUUUAUGCCUGUGCAGUUUUCCAUCGAUUUUCGUCUUGCGCCACAACGGACUGGGGAUGAAACACCAAGCACAUAAAACGGAUUUGAUAUUAAAAAAAUAUGCAGAAACAAGAAAAAAGGCGCGAGCUGCGCCUGAAGCGAUUCUGGCGCUCCCCGAAGACAACAUCCUCGGAGGACUCGACCGGCUAUGAGAGUCCAACAAGGACGAAGGCGUCCAGCGCCGGCGGGAGCAGCGAUGCCCAGAGAUUUAACCACCUGCACUACACCAGCCUGUCGCAGGGAUCGGGCACCUCGUCCUCGGCGGGCGGAGCCACUGCGUCCGGAGCGGGGCCCACCACCAUUGGGUCCUCCGGCAGCAACAAGCCCUCCUGCUCGCUGCCACUUUUGCAGGUGUGGCCCAGCCAGGAUUCGCCGCGCGGCGAGGCGGACGGCCAGUCGUUCGUGUUCCCGGCGAUCGUGGAGACGAGUGUCAGCAGCCCGGUAGCGGUGGCCAGCGGCAGCGGGAGCGGCAGCAUCGGUAGCACCAGCCUCAGCCUGAACCAGGCCAGGCGGAGCACCAACCACCUCAGCCUGUCCACGGACCGGCGGAGCUCGCUCUACUGUGAUACCCUGCACGCCGGCGACUCCGGCAUCGACUCGGUGCAGGCCUCGCCCUCGCCGAACGCCUUCAUCGCUCCGCCGGGCGUCCACCACGCCCUCCCGCUCGGCCAGACGGGCGGCGGCUCCUGCCACGUGUCGCCCACCAGCACGCCCACCCAGGGCUCCCCGAACCUCUCGCUGGGCAGAAGGGGCGUGAGGAAUAGCAUCUGCGUGGUGCCGAGCGGCAACAACGGGCGGCGCAAGUCGAGCGCCCUGCUCCAUCCGGACCACGCGCGGCUCUUCGCCCUGCGGAUGAAGCAUGCGGCUGCCCUGGAGCGGGCACAGACCUCGCCGGACCAGACCUCCAUCGAGGACGCGACCGAGUUCCACGACAACGGGCUGGCGACCAACCUGACGAACCUGCGGCUGUGCUCGGCCUCCUCAUCGACGACGUCGUCGCUGACGUCCGUGGCCGCGGUCAGCCUGGGCGGCGCCGGUGGUGGGGCGGGGGGUGCGAACACCACCGGUGGCUCCUCCUCCGGCUCCGCCUACGCUGUGGGCGCGGCGGGGGUCCAGCAGCGCGUCUCCGAUCCCUGGCUGCAGCCGCAAUCCGACCGGGAGCGCGACUCCCGGCACGACGGCCGUCGGCGCUCCUCCACGAUGACCGCCCGCUACUCGCUCUUCGACGCUUUGGAUCUCGAGUAUGUCCUGCUGAGGGCCGCCGCGAGGGGAUCCGUGGGUCCGUACAGCCUCAGCGAGUCGAUACACAAGCUCACCUUCACGCAGUCACUGGCCUUUCCGGCUUUGGCCAGGGGAUUGGCCACCAAGCGACGGAGGUCGGCGACGCACACCAGCUCCCGGCCACUGAAUCCGCACGAGUCCGGGCUGAACACCUGCGCCAAGGUGGUCACCGCCGUCGUCCUGGUGGCCCUCUCCUUCAUGGUGUUCCUCAUCGUCUACAAGUUCGUGCGCACGUGAGGUUUGCUCCUGGCCCCGUCGCCAGAGCUCCCGGUCACAUAUCAGCCCAGCUACGGAGCGGAGGAGGCCUCGCCGGGGUCCUCCGUCAUCUCGUCGGCGGGCCGCAGUCUGGGCAAGCACAUGUCGGGGUUCAGGAGCAAGUUGGGCCUGCGCCAGCCGGACUUUGAGUGA